AUGACAACUUCUCAAGGAUUAAAUAUCAAUGAAAGUAAUAAUAUGAAUAAUAUAAAAAAUAGUUUACCGACUUUUUUUUCUAAAUUAGCUUGUUAUUCACCGACGAUUACAUUGAUUCCUGGACAAUCAUCUCUAUCAUCCCCAAUGUCAUAUCGACGUAGUCAAGAUUUUUCUAUUAGUUCGAUGAUUCAAUUUAAUUGUGAUGGUUCACUUUCAAAAACUACUAAAUGGACAAUAAAGAAUUGUACUUCAACUAGAUGUUCAUUUGAAAUUGUAUUAAACGAAAAAGUUAUGACAACAUAUAGUGAAUUUUAUAUUCCAUCAAGAACUCUUGCUUAUGGUGUUUAUCAACUAACAUUAACUGUAAAAAUGAUUGAUUCACCAAAUUUAAAAUCAUCAUCUUCAGUUUAUGUAAGAAUAACGGCAACAGGUAUAACAGCAAAUCUUGUUCAAUUAGGAACAUCUAUGAUAACACGAGGUGAUCAACAAGAUCUUUUACUUGAUCCUGGAACAUUUUCGGUUGAUCCUGACGAAGAUACAUUUGAUGCAACUGUAAGUAUUGUAGAUCCAAAAAAAGAAUGGUAUGUGAGUAUUUUUUGA